AUGCAAAUCAGCAAUACCAAUGGGGAACACGAUCCGAACAAUUAUGGUCUCCUCCUGCAGGGCGAUGGCAUGCUUUCGGACGAAAACACUCGCACCGCACAAGCCGCGCUCGCCGCACCGGGCAUGAACCCCUCCACCUACCCCGAACCCGGUCAUAAUCAGGGAGACGCCGGCCUUCCUUUCACCUUCGAAGACGGUAGUGCGACGGUCGGCGGCGGCAUGAGCACGGCGCAAGCUCUGGUCGGGGCUGUGGCCAACGCCAAUGCCAAUGCCAACCCCAGUACCAACAAUAACAACAACAACGAGCAAGCAGCGAAACCCGCCGUCGGUAGCACAGAGUGGCACCAGUUGCGCAAGGACAAUCACAAGGAAGUUGAACGCCGUCGCCGCGAAGUCAUCAAUGAAGGCAUCGAAAACAUUGCCAAGAUUGUGCCCGGCACCGAGAAGAACAAAGGCGCAAUCUUGCAACGUACCUACGAAUACGUCCAAGAACUGGUCAACGAGAAGGCCAAAUGGCAAGACGAACGCGCCACCUUUGAUAUUGCCAUAAAGGAACUCACCAAUCGGCUCGAUCGCAUGAAGGAAUCGGCAAGAGCUGCUUGGGCUGAGACGAGCAAGUGGCAGAGCCGAUGUCGCGAGGCGGGUCUUCCUUUUGAUGAUUACGAUGAUGGUGCCUUGCCCGGGUUGGAGGAAGACGAUGUUGGUGCCAACCUAGGUCCAUAG